GCUCCACCACAGGAACGAGCACGAUUGAUGAAUAUGCGAAUGCACGAUGGAUACUAUCCGUUCCACCGGGGCAGAAGACCACGUUGCUAGUCAAGGUCAGAAGCUUGAAAGUGAUCUGGUUCCGCUUACCAAUGACCAUGGACCCGAAGCGGCAAUCGAGACUGCAGACGGCAGUGAGAGCUCCGAGCCUGAACUCGAGCCUCAGGACCUUCACGAUGAGGACAUCGUCGGAGUCAGCAUCAGUCGAGCGCAGACGCAUAUGCGGGCUCCGGAAACAGAGAUUGUGGAGAAGGCGAGAGCUUUGAAUUUACCCCUGGAGUCGUUCAACCAUAUCCUCACAUCGACCGAAGAACAAAAUGAGAGCGACGAUCAACAGGAAGCGGAAGCGGUAGAUGACGGCUCAAAGCCUGUCCCGCGCUUUCUGGACGGCGAGAGAUCUGCCUCUCCAGAUAAACUAGUCGAACGUCAAGACAACACAUUGUCAUCGACAGACUCUCUUGUCUCCGACGAACAGGAAAUCAAUGAAGGCCAGGCCGAAUAUGCAACCCCUACGUCUGGUCGGCACGCAUUGGGUAAAGUUGAGCGGCGGCAGAAUGGUAAUGCAGAGCCGUCACGCGUCGGAGUAUCCCGGCCUGUACCGCUUCAGGACCGCCUUGAAAACGAGGUUGAUGUUCCGGCAAAAGGAGAAAGCCAGAACUUUUUAUCGCAAGGACGGUCGAUUGCAAGGGCAUUCCUGGCAACAGCCGAGAGCAAUCGAAGAGGUCGUUCCUCUUCAGGCCCUACCGCAGUAUUCUCCAGCAUACGAAAAAUGCUGCCGGAUUUACCGUCACCCUCCUUCAAUCGAAGUUCGAUAUCUCUCCUACCAUUCGGCAGCAAAAAUGCGAGCAAUGCCGACCGUGUAGAUCAGCCAGAUUCCCCGUCGUCUCCAGCUGGGAAACCUACGAGAUUUCGUUGGCUGUUGCAGGAACCAGCUGAGGCGCAGGAUUUCGAAAAAGUCUGCUCUACCAGCACUGGUUCCGACAGACUCGUUCGUCCAGCAACUCCACCCCCGAGACCCGAUGGCAAAGACCUAUCCCUACUGUCGCCAAUUAGUCCAGCACCCACUUUGGGCCGCCCUCGUUCAAACUCCGAAAGCUCUAUAUACUUGAUGAAGAAGGUGACCGGGGCCUCCACGUACGACGACAUCAAUGCCUUCGCCGAUGUCACGGAAAUGGCCAAUUCACGCUUCAAGGCGAUUACCGACAGCUUCCAAAACUCGUCGUUGCGGCUGCCCAGACUGCCUAUAAUACGACCUAUCCCUAAGCUUCGCCACUCGCCGGAAGAAGGGCAUAUGGACGCCAUCAUCUCAGACAGUGAGGGACAGGCACACAUAACCAAGAAGCAAGCACCAACUCUUCAGGCAGAAACGGCACAGCAACGGGCACAUCCCAUCCUCCAUCGAGCCUUAUCCAAAACAACCGGCGACAUUGUCGUUCUGGGUGGAUACCGAGGUUCGAUCUUGAGAUCCGCCCAGCCUCCUCAUCGUCAACUAUGGGUACCCUUGAAAGUUGGGUUUAAUCUCCGCAAAGUCGACCUGGAGGUAGGUUUAACGCGAGAAGACGAACUCAAGAUGGAAGAAACGGUGAUUCCGGGAGGCAUAUUGUCUCAUAUUGGACCAAUCGACAUAUGUCGCCGACUACUCAGACACAUGAGGAAGUGUCCCAACGCCCGAGCCAAUCAACUCCGCGUGCACGAAUGGGGAUACGACUGGCGCCUGAGUCCCGAUCUACUCAGCAGCAGACUGAUCAAAUUCUUGGAGUCGCUGGAAUGCAACCAACCGGACACACCGCCGGAGAAGCGAGGAGCGACCGUUAUCGCCCACAGCCUCGGAGGGCUUAUCACACGACAUGCAGUCAACCUCCGACCAGAUUUAUUUGCCGGCGUGGUAUAUGCAGGAGUGCCUCAACACUGCGUCAACAUCCUUGGUCCACUACGAAACGGUGACGACGUCCUUCUCAGUUCCAGGGUCCUCACUGCGCAGGUCAACUUUACUUUUCGGACCAGCUUCGCUCUAUUACCAGAAGACGGACGGUGCUUCCUACAAAAACAAACUAAUGAACGAUACGACCUGGAUUUCUUCGAUCCUACAGUCUGGGACGAGUAUCGACUGUCUCCUUGUGUUAAUCCGCCUUUGCAUCGGCAUCAUCGCCACCCUGAGCGACGGAAGACUCUGAUGGGUGCUCUUUCGGAGACUAUCAUUUCGUCUUCGAGCAAACGGGCCGGAGCCGGAGCCGGAGGAGGUGGUGGCGGUAGUGGUAGCGGUGCUAGCGGCAGAGGUGAUGGUAAUGGAGGUAAUAUCUCACACCAACAAACAAUGUUAUCGACCGCCAACGCCAACCAACGUCUCGCCGACGCAAUCCGCGCCGUCGAGGACCCCGGCGAAGAAGUCGUCGGACCCACCAUGAAACAGUCGCAACAAUCACAAUCCUCUCAACACCGCCCAUCCGUCGCCACGGCAUGCACUAUCCCCAAGGACGCGGCGAUGGAAUAUCUCGGCCGGACGUUGCGCGAAGUCCGAACAUUCAAGCAACAGUUGAAGUUCAACCCGGCCCAUCAAGACGGUAAUCUGUAUCCGCCGCAUGGAUUCAUUUUCGGCAAAACGGUUCCCACGGUCUACGGCGCACGAGUAACCAAUAAAGAAGCAAUCAAGUAUGAUGAUGCUUACGACGAUCUCGCGUUUGCGGCUGGUGAUGGCGUCGUGCUGGCUAGCGCCGCUCAGUUGCCGGAAGGGUACCGCUGCGUCAAGGGCGGGAGGGUCGAAUCCGCUCGUGGCCAUGUGGGACUGCUGGGUGAUUUGGAGGGGGUGGGUAGAUGUCUUGAGGCUGUUGUUGAUGCUCGUGCCAAGGGUGUUGGGUUAGGCAGGGAUGGGCUUCAACGGAAAGGUGGACAUGGUCACACUCAGGCGUGA